CCAGAAACCUGUUUCAUUGUAUGUUCUUUUUUCUUUCCCAAGUAGUAUACAUGAUCUCUUUAUGACUAGAAAUGCGUUUUUUAUAUUUAGAAAGUGGUUUAUGGUUUAUGCUGUAUCUCUGUCCUUAAUAAUAUUGGACUAGUCCUCUGAAUGAUGCAGCAGUAAAUGGAAUUGGCACACAUAAUAAAACCUAUGGUGAAAUAGGAGCAUUUCUCUUUGGAAACCCACAGACUGACUCAUAGCUAAUUUCAUUUCAGAAUCCAAUAACAACUUCUCUGACAGUAAAAGCUUUAAGAUGCACAGAACAAAAAAAUAUUAUAGUGACACAAGCCUUAAUCAAGAGUCAAUUUCAUGAUCAUGAUUGCCUUGCCAACUGAACAAUAUUAUUGAAUUUGAACAUGCAGCUUUAAUGUAAAGUAUGUAUGGAAAUAUUUCAUAUUGCUUAAUUACAUCAUUUUUCAUAUGUGAAUCGUCACAUACAGUGGGGCCCAAAGGUCUGAAACAUUAACAACAAAUGUAUACAUUAAUCAUUAGUAAUAAAAAAAUUAUUCAUAAAUAGAAAAUUGUGUUAAACUGUAAAAUGUGUCAAAACAGUGUUAAAUCAGUCACUAACAAGCUGUGAUCUUACAAUUUAUCAACUGACAUUUAAAUGUAAUUUAUUGCUAGGUAUAUACAUAUGUUUGCUUUUCAUAUUAUGUUAAUGAUCAGAAAAACACCCUCCUCUGUGUAACUGUUGUAGUGAUAUCCCCUUUCCAGCACGAGAUGUCUCUCUUCUUCAAUGUGUGACAGUUUCUGGAGUCUUAACCCACACAACGUUGGAUUAACUUGAGCUACACUUAUCAGAAGCACAAUCUGAUGCACUAAACGUCUGUAUUUUGCACGCACGCUGUACACUGACAGCAGUGGAGCCGCAGCGGUCGCUCUUACCUCGUCUGUGUUUGCCUCGCACGCGGAUCAACACACAAUGGCGACGCUCACAACGUCAAGCAAAAGACCGUACCAUAUCAUAGUGUUCGGAGCGACCGGUUUUACCGGCCAGUUUGUUGUGGAGGAGGUUUCACGGACGUGUAACGAGGGUCCAGGAGGGACGUUACAAUGGGCUGUAGCCGGACGAAACCGCGACCGACUGGAGAAAACACUCGUUCUGGCAGCUGACGCUCUGCGUAAACCAGAGCUGAAGUGUGUGGAGGUUAUUGUAGCAGAUGUAGCCGAGCCAGAGUCGUUGGCCAUCAUGUGCAAACAAGGAAUCAUUGUGCUCAACUGCGUGGGACCAUACAGAUUCUACGGAGAGCCGGUGGUGAAGGCCUGCAUAGAGAAUGGGGCACACUGCAUUGAUAUCUGUGGAGAACCACAGUUUUUAGAGGGGAUACAGCUGAAGUACCACAGUAACGCUCAGGAGAAGGGUGUGUAUAUCAUUGGAAGCUGUGGGUUUGAUUCAAUUCCAGCAGAUAUGGGCAUCCUUUAUACACAGAAUCAAUUCAGAGGAACACUCACUGCUGUGGAGAGCUUCUUAACCAUCAACACAGGACCUGAGGGAGGAUGUGGCCAUGAUGCAAUGUGGCAGUCAGCCAUCUUUGGCUUUGCUGACAGUGCCAGUCUCAGAAGAAUAAGGAGGAAGUUUGGGCAUACACCUCUGGAAGCUGUUGGUGCUAGAAUUAAAAAAAGGGGAGCUCUGUUCUUCAGUAAGGAGAUUGAGCAGUAUGCCAUUCACUUCAUGGGCUCAGAUCCAUCUGUGGUGCGACGGACUCAGCGCUAUAUGCACAAGGAACAUAAACACAGCCCUGUUCAGUAUAUGGCAUAUGUAGGUAUUGGUGGUCUCUUCUCCAUGCUGAAGACCCUCUUUGCAGGUGUCGUCUUCUGGUUCAUGGUCAAAUUUAGUCUUGGCAGGGGAUUACUUACUGAGUUUCCAGAAUUUUUCUCAUUUGGUUUGUUCUCCAAGACGGGACCAACAAGAAAGCAGAUGGAUGGAACCUCUUUCAGCUUGAGGUUAAUGGGGGAGGGCUACAUGUCUGGUCAUGACCCCUCUCAGGGCAAGCCAAAUGCCAAAAUCAGCACUGAAGUAACAGGACCAGAGCCAGGAUACAUCGCAACACCGAUUACCAUGGUGCAGGCAGCUAUUACACUGCUUAACGAACAUCACUGUCUCCCGAAUAAGGGUGGUGUGUACACUCCAGGGUCAGCGUUUGCAAGAACCACCCUAAUCGACCGUCUGAACAAACACAGAGUCCAGUUCUCACUGAAGAACGGACAAUAGACAGGAGUCCUCUUACUCUGUCAGAUUCAAUCAGCCUAGCUGAUCUCUUUUAUUAUAUAAAUAUAGUCUUAUGUGUUGUAUGUCUGUACUUUUUUGUGAUUCAUUAACCCUCAAGCAUCCUUUGGGAAAAAUUUAGGUAAAAUCUUUUAUUUUUAUUUUUAUAGUUUCCUUAAUCUGAGCGGUACAAGACUUAACUGCUUCUACUAAGUUUGCCAGCUAAACACACACACACAAAAAAAUGUACUCGGUACAGCAAAGUUAAGUGGUUUAAAAAAA